AUGUCUGCGAUCCCGAAGUCUAACUGGAUAGCGAUCUACAAGCAACUGCAGCGCGAGGCCGCCAAGUUCCCGCAAACCAACUACCGCUCGUUCUUCCACCGCAGAAUCAGGGACCACUUUGCCAAGAACAGCUCGGUGACGGACCCGCAGCAACAGGCCGAGCUUUACAAGGAAGCUGAGCGCAAUCUACAAGUGCUUCGUCGCCAAGCAGUAGUCUACAGUCUCUACCCUCAUCAGAAGACCGUUGUGGAAGUCAAUUCGGACCUAAAAACUAGCCGAAAA